AGUUUACGUCCAAGUUUGCGCUCGCCCUUUAAACUUUAAAAACCAAAACAACAAACCCUCAGACGGUCGUCAUAUAUUGCUCUCUGGCACGAAAAUAAAUCGAAUUAAUCAUGUCUGCCGUCUCUCCGUUCGAGAUCACGGGUGUCUUGAGGCCGAAGGAUUUUACCGAAGAGAGAAAGGGAUUAGGAAUAGCACACCAUAAUAAGCACAAACAGUCUGUGUUAACUGUUGCAGAUGGAAAUGUCAAAAUUUCAUCUAAAAGCAGGAAAAGAAAAAGCAUCUCCAUCAGUGAUGAAAAUAGCGUUCCAGUGAAACAUAGGCGAACAGAUGGAAUUUAUGAGGACUUGCCACUUCACCAGAAGAAGCAGAAGAUGCAACUUAGUGUGGCUGUUCAGACCGAAGAAAGUAAAAAAGAUUUAGAAGCAUCAAAAAAUGGUGAUGGAACAUCAUCAUCUCCCAGCUGUGAGCCUGAAAGAAUAAUAAACAUGUUAACAAGUGAAACUGCACCACCUGAAUAUUGGGAAGAAUUAGCAGAGAAAAGAAGAGAGGCUCUUGAAGAAACAUUGAGAGAAAAUAAAAAUUUAACAGAAGAGAAUAAAUGCCUUAAAGAAGAGGUAGCACAGUUAAAAGAGGAGAAUAAGUUGUUGGAUGAAAUGGUAAAAGAAGCCAAGGAAUUAGCACAACUAGUGGAGGUACUUACAGCAGAUUCUGGUACAGGGUCUGGGUCAGAGUGAAUUUGAAUUGUGCCUAGUCAGAUUGGUCUUUGUUAUUUACAUAAUCAAGAAAGCAAACUCAGGAGUGCUGAAUGAGUGCGCUGCUUUUAGGAAACUUGUAGAGGACCUUUCCUGUGUAAGUGAUGAUUAUGUUUUACAGCCUUUCUGGUUGUGUAGAGUUUUAUAGGAAUAACUGACCUUUUCUAUUUUGAACUGGACGACUGAUUUUAAAGUUGACCAUCACAUUGAUGGCGGCGUACUAGACUUGUUUUUGUAUUUAUUGACACUUCAUUGGAAAAUAUUAAUAAAUUUUAAAGAAAAAAAUCAUAACUGUUAUUCACCAUACCCAGGCUGUGAGUUAGAAUUUAAACUUGAUAGUCUGGAAUAAUGAUAAUGAUAAUAAUAAUAAUUUAAUAAUAAUGAAUUUAAUUAUAGACUCUCUCAAGUAUUAGUUUAGCUCCUGAAUAAAAUAGUGGAAUGUAGUAACAAAUUUUUACCUUAAUUUUGCAAUAUGAGUUUAAAUAUAAUAUAGUUUAAUACCAUAAAUUUUUGAUUAGGCUAAUUAGAUACUGAGAUUAAUUUUAUGAUAUUGUAUUUUGGCUUUUAAUGUUAAAUAGUAUGAUUUUUAAAUAUUUGAUGUUUUGAAAUCUAAUUCAGUGAUAUUUUGUAAUGGCAUUUUAAAUUUUUAGACCAUAUUGUCAGUGGUAAGCGCUGCAAAAAGUUCCAUUAUUAGUGUUCUUUAAUUUUCAUUUUGCCUACAAAUGUCUUGAGAAAUUUUACAGAAGUGCUGUUAUGACCAGGUACCUUACCAGCCUUUUGAUGCAAAAUCGUGAGUAUUGGGGAGGGCAUAGAUUAGGGAGGAGUGGAGUAAGAUCAGGAGCAUUGGAAUUGUUUGAUGUAGAGUUACCUGAAGCUCAAGAUUCAUCAGGGUGGAAGUCGCUAGAGUGCCAGAGUUAAGCAUCAGCUGUGAUGUCCAUAGGUUGGCAAAAUUUUAUUUAUUAGUUAACAAGGUCGGAAUACAGUAGCCCAUCAACUUACGAGUGGAAGACAAUCUGCCAGGUGAAAGUGUUGUAUCCCAAAACAUAUUAGCUAAUUGUCAGAAUGUAAAGUGGAACCCAACACCACUACUCUGCACCAGGUAUCGUUCCAGUAUCAGUUUGCCUGUGACAUUUUUAGAAAUGUUUAGUCAUUGGGUUGUAGGUUAGAGUUGUAUGUAGUAUUAUGUAUUUAAGGGUCUGGAACCUCUGAACCUCCAAUAAAAGAAUGAGGCUAAGUCAUCAUGUAAGCUAGUAGUAUUUCAGGCUAUUCAUAAUGGUGGAACAUCCUGGUUGACAGCAGUUGCUGUAGUUUUUCAGGAAGCUUUUGCGUACUGAAGGCAUAUAGUGAGUGAUUAUUUAAAAGUUGUCAUAGUGCUUUUAUGUCCCAAAAUUUCAUACAUCCAUCCUUAUUAGAGUGCAUGGUUUUGAACUGGAUGCUGACGAGUGCUUAGCUAGAAAUUCACUGUUUUAGGAUACAAAAGUGGGAUUAUAGUGUAUUUCAUAAAUGUUUUAUGUUUAAUGUAACCAGGUAUCAAUUUUAAUUUUGGCAAUUAAAAUAUAUAAAUGCUGAAAAUAAGUAAGAAAUUAACAUAAUCAGAGAAUGUAGUAGUAAUACAAGCCAUUUUGUUAUGAGUAGCCUACUUGAUAGUCUUUUAAUAUUUAAAACUUCACAAUAAAUAGACCUUUGAAUUUUUUUUAUAGAUAGCUGCUCAAAAAUUCAAUCUAUCAGUGCCUGAUAGAUAGUUUAUUAAGUAUAUCAUAAUAGGUUGAAGAAUGAAUUCACAAUAAUAGACUGAAAACAAACAUUUCUCUUUAUUAAUCUCUGACAUAGCAUACAAUAGUGUGAUGUGGGUAAACUAAUGUUACAAAUUAUACUAUAUAAUUAUAAUGGGAAUGAACUCACAGAUAUAACAAGUGUAGAACUUUUUCACCAAAACUUGAAUACAGCCUACGAUAGUAAUUUUGUGUGAUUUAGUGACUUUAACCAUGACAGAUUUUUGUAUUUAAAUUGGCAAUAAAACCGAGACUGUGUA